CCCAGACCCAGACCCAGACCCAGUGCCAGUGAUUCCCUGAAGCUCCCUGUUAUGCUGUGAUCCGCGCGACACCUCCUCAUAUCUCACCCCAUAACAGCGGCUACGAUGGCUGCUAUGACCACUGCUAUGCAUCUACUGCUGGCCAUAGUCUUCGCCCUGCUCCUGGCGUCCUCAGAAGGCUUCGUCCGUCGCUGUUACUCCUGUCGGUCGCGGGGUCGUCUCGGAGACUGUAAGGACCCCGUGUCUUUCAACGCCACCAGGCCUGUCAAGGGCGUGGAGGCCGUGCCGUGUGCGUCAGGCUGGUGCUCCAAGAUUAUCGAAGGCAAGAAGGACGGUGAAGACCAUGACCUGGCCACGGAGCGUCAGUGCCUGCAGAGGUCGCCGCCGGAUGGCAUCCAGCGGUGCUCCGAGGCGCUCAUCGGGGUCAAGAAGGUGUUUAUAUGCUUCUGUCGAGGGGACUUGUGCAACACCGCCCCUGGUACCGCCCCCUCUCUGCUCCUGCUUCUGCUGUGCCCCGCUGCUGCCCUGCUGUCCCGUCUACUUCUUCAAGCUCCACACGGCCCCUAGUACGCCCGCCCGCCUGCUGGUCCGUGCAUGAUUUUAUGGUCUGCUGUGCUUAAGUAGAUGUUACCGGCUUGAGUGUGGGUGUGAGGGUGUGACUGUGUGUGUGUGUGUGUGUGUGUGUGUGUGUGUUGUGUUGUGUUGUGUCGUGUUCUUCAAAUUAUUCUUGUUAUUUUUGUUCUUGUUCUCCUUUUUCUUGUUGUUCUCGCUCUUCUUGUUCCGCACACGACUCCUUUGGGUUCCGACGCUCCUUCAUUCCUCUCCCUUUCUUCUUCUCUCAUUCCUUUUCCUUUUCUCCUCUUCUUCUUUUUCAUUAAUUCCUUCCUUCCUCUCUGAUUCCUCUCCCUUUUUUCCUCGUCUUGUUCAUUAAUUCAGUUCUUCCCUCUUCCCUCUCUCUUAUUUUUUUCUAAUUCUUUCCUUCGUCUCUUAUUUCUCUUCCUUUUCCUCUUCUAUUCUUUUAUUCAUAAAUUUCUUCCUCUCUUAUUCGGUAUCAAUAUGGCGCCUGAACGAAGCUGACCACACUCUCCAAUUCUACGGCUCUGAUGUGAUGUACUACUCGAUAUCUCUGUAUGGAUUGUAUGUGAAGAUUGUGUCCAGCAGAGGAUGUAUAGCCCUUUCUUUAUAGCCUAUUGUUACGUGUAGAGACAGCAUUGGAUGUGUGUAUUAUAUGUAUUAUGUCAUGUACAGUAGUAGUAGUGUGAAGUGUAUUUGAUAUGUGUAUGAUUAUUUUCUGUAUAGGUGUAUUACAUGUCACCGUUGCCAGGUCAUCGUACUCAGAGCACAGUAUUUACCGGUUUCUGACGCCUAAGUAUUGCCAAGAAACAUCAGGAUCUAACUCUUUUAACGAUAACUAUAAAUGAGUUUCGUUAUUGGGGCCCAGAAGACAGUUUAGAGGGCUUUUUUAUUGUUUCCUUUUUUGUGCCCUUGUGCUGUCUCCUAUGCUGUAAAAAAAAAAAGAAGUCGGGAAAUAUAAUCGGCUGCGUACGACAAUCUGGCAACGUUGCUAUAUGUGUCCAGCAGAGCCAGGGCGUGGGAGAGUUUGGCCAAUUUCUCAUCACAUGCGCGCGAAAUUCAAAUUGAUAAUGAUACUUUUUUUUUUUUUUGUGUGUGUGUGUGUGUGUGUGUGUGUGUGUGUGUGUGUGUGUGUGUGUGUGUGUGUGUGUGUGUGUGUGUGCUUUAGGUCUGUUGAGGAUCUCGAACAUGUAGUGCCUCGAGCGCGUAAACCACACACUUGUACCAGCUUCAAUUUGAAUUUCGCGCGGCUCUGUGUGUAACAACAUGGCGCCUGUGAUGAAGAUGGCCGCCCUCACCUAAUCUAUGGCUCUGCGUGUGUCCUACUCUGUGAAAGACAAGCGCUCUCUUAAUACAGCGAAGGGCAGAGGA